CAGGGCCUGAGAGAACACAUUCCAACGCUUCCCUAUGAGAAAAGGCUUUCAAAAGUGGAUACUUUAAGGCUAGCCAUCGGAUACAUCAGCUUUUUAGCUGAAUUGGUCGACAAUGACGGACAGCCAACAGAUCCACUUCAGUCACAGUUAGCACAACAGCCAAAGAAAGUCAUCAUUCAAUGCCAUUUAGGAAGUCAUUCGCUUUCGUGGACUAGCGAUGAGAAAAAGAGUUACAAAAACGGAAAUAUAAUGAUCGCAAAGGUCUGGACACCAGAAGACCCGCGAAGACACAAAAAUAAGUGCACGGAUUCACCCAUCAAUGGCCACGACUUGUUGGCCGAGUGCUGUUCCACUAUUACAGACGUUUCCAAUUAAUUACUAUUUGGAUAAAACUGUACCCGAGCUUAAUAUAAGUGACCACAAUAUUUAAAAAUUCAAUUUGAUUCUAGUCUUGAAAAUAGUUUACCCAAAAGUAUUUGUAGUCAAAUUUCAAUCAAAAAUUGUAUAAAAUUUUAUUUCAAAAGUGU